GUCUCGCCUCCUCGGCAGCCCUCUGUAUCCGUUUCCAGGUCGUGCCGCUCCCACGCUGACCCUUACAGACUAUGUGAUAAAGUGCAGCAUCGUGUCGUGUGCAUUCACAAGCCCAAGCUGGACCCGGCGCGGCAGCACUCCCGCUGCUAGUGGUACUGUUCAAGAAUGAAGUGUAGGUGGGCGUGGUCAUGCAGAUUCGUGGGACGGGAGCUCGGUCGGGGCCGAACGCUUCCGCGCGUGUGUCUGCGGGCAAGUACCAUGCCAGCGGACAGCCCCCAUGCAAACUCUAUUGCGCUGGGUGUUGCACGUUGUGUUAUACUAUAUACGUGUGAGCUAGCUGCACUUUUGAGCUCUCAAAAAUGCCCUCGACACUAGAGGACCUCGCGGGCCUCGCCAAAAAGAACUCCCCAGACUUGUUGCCUACGCUAGCGUACGCAGUCCUCUGGCUCAUCGUGCGCUGGAUCUUCUAUAAGCUCCUACGCUCAUACUUCAAGACGCUGCCGGCUACCUCAGUCCUCAAGAAUGUCGGGAUGCAAGAGAAGGUGCUGGAGGAGUCCUUCGCCAUCAUCGGGGCCCUGGUCGCUACAGUCCUCGGCUUCAUGGCAUUCCGGCAAAGCGAUCGAGGCACGUGCGGGCUGAUGAACACGCGGGGCUGCUUCGGCGAGUGGCCGCACGGCACGGACGCGGACGUGGGCGGCGUGCGCGACCCCACCGGCGCCAUCGCGCUGUACCACAACGUGGAGCUGGGCUGGUACCUGCACUACCUCAUCAAGCACCACCUGGGCAUGGGCAUGGAGGACAACCUGCAGAUGCACCUGCACCACUUCUCCACCAUCACGCUGCUGCUCAUCUCAUACCUGCUGAACCUGCACCGCGCGGGUGUGCUGGUGCUGUCGCUGCUCAACAUCUCCAACCCCUUCCUGCACGUGGCCAAGGUGGUGCACUACGUGGAGGCCAAGGGCGACACGCUGGCGUUCCUGGCCUUUGCGGUGGCGUUCUUCCUGUCGCGCAUCGUGGCCUACCCCGUGGUGGUGCUGCACGCCACGCUGAUCGAGAGCUGGCAGGUGCACCCCGCCUACCUGGACCGCGCCCGCCACCUGCCCGUGUACCUGCUGGCCAACGGGCUGCUGCUGCUGCUCAUGGUCAUGCAGGUCCAGUGGAUGGCGGGCAUCGUGCGCCUGCUGCUCAAGGCUGUGGGCGGCUCCAAGGCCGAGUUCAAGAAGGAGGGCGCCUCCGUGGACUACGCCAAGACCAAGACCAAGCAGGGCAAGGCCGAGUAGAGAGGAGAGGAGAGGAGAGGAAUGGCAACAAGGAUGGGUUGCGAUGGGACAGGCAAGGGGCAGGUUGGCGUAGUCCCGUGCGGCGAGGAUGGGGUGGGAGGCGCCACAGGGGUGCAGACCCAGGCGCAGCAAAGCAUGGAUGUGUGGUGCUGAGUGGCCAUUGCUGGCGAGGUGAUGGCAAGCGAGCAACGUGACGCGGUCGAAGCUUUACCUGGAGGCAGGAGGCUGGGAAUGGUCUUAAGUGUGCGUGGAGCAAGAGGGGACAGCGGUGGGCUAAGCACAGUUGCCGUGAUGCGCGCCGUGAUCAAGUUUGCAGUGUGGCACUGCAGAGACACUCGGGGGCUCAGGCCUUGCAGGCCCGGCUUCUGGCUGGCAGGACUGGCAGCGUGCGGUGCCGCGUGCGUUUGGCCGUUUGGAGGGUUGUGCAAGUCCGCUACGGCGGCCUAUGCAAGCGUGUAUGGGGUUGGACGCGUGCGGGGGUGGACGUGUGUGGGGAUGGACGUGUAUGGGGUGGGACGCGCGCCGUACGGCCUGCCCGGGGCUCUGCGCCAGGCUGCGUCCGGCUGGCGGUGGAGGCCCUGUGGGGCCAGCAGGUCUGCUUUACUGCUUGCCACCAUGCCCAACUAACACGAUUGAGGCCGGGCGUUCGGGCAAGGUGAUAGGGGAGGUGAUGAGCCCCAAAACGUGAGCGGUGUGCAACCCUGUCAGUCCCU